CGGCUCGAACCCGCAUUACCUUCCGACGACACAGUUGUCACUGGAGCGGAUUGGCACCUCCCGUCUAGUUCUCCCUUCCAGCAAAUGUGGGUUAUGUUUGGAGAUGUCAUGUUUCUCCCGCGCGAUGCUCCGACUGGAUGGGACGGCAUGGCCACUUCGACAGAGAGGUCGAUUUGAGCCCCUUGCAGGCCUCUGUUCUUCAGGUUGCUCAUCGCAUAUUCGGCCGCAAGUUGGUGAUGGUUGACAUGCCAUUCCUCAAUGGACGACCAGUUCUUGGGCAGCUUGUCUGGAAUGCCCCAGUACUCCGCAAACCAGCAGCGCUCCGACAAGACGAACACAUGUCAUGAUUAUGCGGAGGCCAGCGUUUUCUAGGAGCAGCUGUAGCGUGAGAUCACCCCUCUCUCCACGGCAGACUCCUGGUUGUCUGAUCAGGCCUGGGCGUGGGAGGAUUGCCUGCGCCAUAUGGACGAGCUUUACCUGCCCUGACGCAGAGUCAACAGGAGGGUGGAAGUACCAACAGCGUCUCUCCAUCAAGAACCCGCGCGGCCAAACACCAGACACCAGAGGCCCGUAUUGGGAGUACGAGCAGCGUUUUCGGUAUGUUACCCAGCUCUCUGGCGGACUCAUGGGCGUAAGGGCUGUUCACGUAGCGUGGCAGGGUGGCAGGCUGCCAUGGGAUUACUGGCCAUAGACUCAAAUGUGCCCAACCGCGGGAACAUGCUGGAACGCCAGACAGCGGCUGCAGACGCGGCUACAGCUUGCAGCAGGAGCGUGCAAGGUCCACGCAGGAGCGUAUCUCCGCGUGGAGAGCUCGCAUGCGACCCGACCCCAGCAGUUCACAGGUGUACCAGUGGACUCGAGGUGCGGCAUGACGAUCCACAGAUGCCGCCGUCAAGGUGGACCAGCGGCUGUACACCGACGCAGGCGCCGCGCAGGUCGCGCGUCCGCGCUAUCAGCAGCACUACCUCCAGGCAGCAUUUGGGCCAUGGACCGAACGCUACCGCACGGUUUAUAUACUAUGCAGUCGGGGUGCACCGUUUGAAAGGUCUUAUUGCGCAGCAGAAUAUUCAAGAAGACGUUGGGAGGAUCCCAGCUGGAGUGACUGAUCGGUUCUCAGACUCCUAGCUUGUUGGGCUGCGGCGAGCGGUGGCCCCGGUGCAAGGUAAGGCCGCGGCCAUCGUCGGGUGAUCUGCCGAAGGGGUUCUUGUUUUCUGGACUGCACCUCUCAGCAUGUGAUCGACAUUUCCCCCACAUCUGCCUGUGUAUACAGUGCGGUGACAAGGUGCCCACGCUUUGUAACAUGUGUGCGUUUAAUUCGAAUUCCCAAGAAUGACGGGCGUGGCUUGCUAAGCGUGACCAGGUUGCGCUCCAUCUCCAUUGGCAUUCGCUUCUGGAUAGCCUGGGCCAGCACCGCAGCAGGCCAGCUGGCCAACGUCUGGAUCGGGUUUGGGCCUCUUAGCAGGCAGGAGGUUCCCCGAACGACGCCAACGAAGACAUGAUUAACCAGCAAUGUGGGUGUGGACCAAGAGAGGUGCUACCAAGGAACAUGCCAUCGUCGAGUAUUUGUGGCCCUGGUAAUUCUUGAGCGAAUGCCGUGCCCAGUCGUAGGAUUUCGUCACUGAUGGUAACUGAC